GCUGCUGUUAUACUUUUGACGUGGCCACUACGUAUUCCACAAAUUUAUCCACUCCGAUUGCCGCAAAUUUGUGACGAAAAUCGCGUAACUGAUGACCCAUGGAACUUAACCAAGUCCAAGAUUCAGGAGAAACAACACAACAGACACGAGAGCUUGCGGACAGCCCAACACCCGCCCUUUCAAUUGUGCACGUCUCAAUACCGAACCAAGCAAUUCAGGUUCAGAGUGUUAUCCAGGGACAACCAUCUGUCAUACAGACUGCCUCUGGACAGACCUUACAAGCCAUUCAGCUGGCAACGCUACCCAACAGUGAGUCUGACCAAGACCAAGAGGACAACCCAAGUAAGAAGCGAAGGGAGGCGUUGACUCGGAGACCAUCCUAUAGAAAAAUCCUGAACGAGCUGUCUUCUGAUCCGCCAGGCAUCCCACUCACAAAAGUGGAGGAGGAGGAGUCUAAUGGCAGCCAAGAGAACACAGAGGUGUCCGAGGCUGCCAAUACAAUCACCAUCUCGCAAGGCCCAGGGGGAGGGUUCCAGCAGGCUACAGUGAUCCCUGCUCAGACUAUACAGAUAGCCUCGCACUCUGAUGCAGCGACCCAAGGCCUACAAACACUAACAAUGACAAAUGCUAACAAUGCCACCCAGGCAACACAAGGAGCCACAAUCGUGCAAUACGCCCAAGGUCCUGAUGGCCAGUUUUUCAUUCCGGGUGAGUUCCUUUCAGUUGCUGGAACAAAUGUCCAAGCAUAUCAGAUCAGUACGCCUACAACUCUGCCUCAGGGUGUUGUCAUGGCAACCAGUGGAACAACGUUAGGUGGUUCUCCGGGUGUGGGAGAAGAGGCCUCGCGGAAACGUGAACUCCGGUUACUGAAAAAUAGAGAAGCUGCACGAGAAUGUCGGCGGAAAAAGAAGGAUUACGUAAAAUGUUUAGAGAAUCGAGUUGCAGUACUUGAGAAUCAGAACAAAGCACUCAUCGAAGAGUUGAAAUCAUUGAAGGAGUUGUAUUGUCAGAAAGAGGCAGCAGUGCAGUGAUGAGAAUUAAAGUCACCGUGUGACACGAAUAAAAUGUAAAUAUCAAUGAAUAUGUGACAACGGAACAGGAGUGAUCGUGACAACGUCGUCCUCGUCGUCUGACAUCUGCCAUAUCGUAUGAUGAUAAACGGAGGGAGGUGCAUGGGACGUCAUAUCAUAAGCGGGCCUUACUGAACAUUCUUGUGGUUUUUUGUCAUAAUGUGCUGCGUUAUCUUGUGAUAUACCUGCAUUAUGGUGGGCGCUUUUUGAGCUUUUAUGGACACAAACCAUCAUGUGAGGUCAAUUUUGUUCAGAUGAGUGCCUUGAAGCAGCUCCUUAUAACCUCAGAUUGAUUCCUGUAGAGAUCGUAAAAAUUCUAAAAGCGCCACCUUGACUUGAACACAUGUACUAGUAUUACAUGGCUUUAUGAUGUAAUAUUGUUGGUUUGUAAUAUUGGCAAUGAUAUUCUUGGCAAUGUUGUGACAACUUAAAGGUAAAUAAGUGCUGCUGUUUCAUGGGAAUGAAUCAACCUUGUAGGGAUUCUGGGGUUAGUUUUAUAACAUUUAUAUUUUUGGAUAAAAAAACAAUCUCAUUAUGUUAUUGCGACUAAAGGAAAUCUGACCUGGUGUUAUGUGGUAUAAAUAAUGUCUUAAGUGAAUUUUUUUCAGAUUUCUUUCACUUAGAAUGAUUCUAUCCCUUCAUUUGCUGUGAGAAAUCAGAAUAAAUUUUAGGCCAUUGUAUCAAUUCUAGAAAUAAAUGAUUUUGUCGCACAGUUUGCCACCCAAAGUUCAGGAAUUGGUACACAAGGUCUAUAUAACUCAUCUCAAGAGACAUUUGGGAGUUGUGAAAACGCUAAAUCAAAAGUAUGCAGAAAGUUCAAUUUCACAAAACUGCGAAAUAAAUUGGCUGAAAAUAUUUCUGGGUUUGAAGUAAGCUUUUUACAUGUUGAUUAGAAAUCAUUUAUCAAUGUCUACUUCAGAGAUGUGUCAUCUUUUGAUUGAAGUACACGUUUGUUGUUUGUAUUCCAAUGUAUUUUAAAAAGUUGCGGCUUUAAAUUUUAUUGAAUUUAGAUCGAAAGAAGUUUCAGGUGUAGAACCUAAUGACUGGCCCUGUAGCAGGUUUAGUUAGCCAUGUUGUGCAUUUAUUCGUUUUCAACUCGCACAAAAAUAAAACUAAGAACGGGGUGCGCAGUAUUGGCCAAACUUAAUUUGAAAUUGUAGCACAGGAUAGCUCUCUUUGUGAAUGUCCUGCGAGUAUGAUUUCAGUAAUGGUUUGGCAUGUUUGGUAGAUAUGAACUUCAAUGUCGACAGCUGUGUAAUAGUUGGUUGUGAUGGCCAUCAGUAAUUACCUCGACUCUUUUAGAACUACUCAGAAGUACUCAUGUCAUAGCUACAAAAGAUUUCAAGUUGUUAUUUUGGUGAGAAAUCGCACAUUUUAUUUAUUUAUCGCCAGGUAAAAAUUCUUCAGUUAGUGUGUACCUUCAUCUAUGCAAGUAUGUUUGGGUCGGGGUUUAAAAUCGAACAGUUAAUACAGUCGAUCUUUCCAUGAACAAUUUUGAGGAUAUUGCCUUGAAUCAGCACCUCGAUACACAGAAGUUGGAACAAAAUUUCCAUAUUUUUGUUAGGUCCAGACUCAUGUGCAGCCAGAUCAAGAAUCUGAGAAAGUUUAUUCCAACUUCUGCCAAUUUCAUGCUUUUUAGUAUCGCAGGCCUGUCUACUUUAGGGCAAGAGGACUGAGAAAACCCAACGUUUUGUACAGACUUGUAAUCUAGGAAAAAUUUGGACGAUAGAGAGAGGAAAAAAUAAUCACUUUAUAUGUUUUUGAUAUGGAAUUGUAGUACAGUUUGUAAAUAAAUGCUUUAGUGUGUAGAUUUUGUACGUUUUAUUCUCACAAGAUGAUGAUUAUCGUGUGUCGAAUAUUGUUGAUGAAACGUUGAGCACGUUUUAUACUUUUGGGACGUCCAUCUGCCCUUAAAUUUUAUCAAGAGUCAUUUUUAAAAAGGAAGUGUUUUGAGGCAAAUAUACCUCAUAAAGUUGAAAAUAAUCCACCUUGAAGCAGCAGUUUCAAUUGACAUAAAUAUUAUUUCAGCAGACUUGCAGAGAAAAGAUUGGUUCUUUAUGUUACUGCCAAGGACUACACUUUUUGUCCUCAACAUUAAUCAGAAACUGUAGUGAACUCGUUUUGAAUAGACUCGCAGAAAACAGAUAACUGUUAUUCCAACUGAACACGAUAUGUACAGGUCAAUGUCAAAAAUAAAAUGUUUUCAAA